AUGAAAAUGUGGUUGCUGGUCGGUCCUCUUGUUUUAUUAUCUUUUACAACUUGUCUAGCAGAGUUUACGUGGCACAGAAGGUACGGUCAUGGAGUUUCUGAGGAAGACAAGGGAUUUGGCCCGAUCUUUGAAGAGCAACCAAUCAAUACCAUUUAUCCAGAAGAAUCUCUGGAAGGAAAAGUCUCACUCAAUUGCAGGGCAAGGGCCAGCCCUUUUCCAGUUUACAAGUGGAGAAUGAAUAAUGGGGAUGUGGAUCUGACAAGUGACCGGUACAGCAUGGUGGGGGGGAACCUCGUUAUCAACAACCCUGAUAAGCAGAAAGACGCUGGCAUAUAUUAUUGCUUGGCCUCCAAUAACUACGGGAUGGUGCGGAGCACAGAGGCAACACUGAGCUUUGGGUAUCUUGAUCCUUUCCCGCCUGAAGAGCGUCCUGAGGUCAAAGUGAAAGAAGGGAAGGGAAUGGUUCUCCUCUGUGAUCCUCCCUACCAUUUUCCAGAUGAUCUUAGCUAUCGCUGGCUCUUAAAUGAAUUUCCUGUCUUUAUCACAAUGGACAAACGAAGAUUUGUGUCUCAGACAAAUGGCAACCUCUACAUUGCAAACGUUGAGGCUUCUGACAGAGGCAAUUAUUCCUGCUUUGUAUCCAGUCCUUCUAUUACCAAGAGUGUGUUCAGCAAAUUUAUCCCACUCAUUCCAAUCCCUGAACGAACAACAAAACCAUACCCAGCUGAUAUCGUAGUACAGUUCAAGGACAUAUAUGCACUAAUGGGUCAAAAUGUGACUCUAGAGUGUUUUGCACUUGGAAAUCCUGUUCCUGAUAUCCGAUGGAGGAAGGUGCUAGAACCAAUGCCUAGCACUGCUGAGAUUAGCACCUCGGGAGCUGUCCUGAAGAUCUUCAAUAUCCAGCUAGAAGAUGAAGGCAUUUAUGAAUGUGAGGCUGAGAAUAUUAGAGGGAAGGAUAAACACCAGGCAAGAAUUUAUGUUCAAGCGUUUCCAGAAUGGGUAGAACAUAUCAAUGACACAGAGGUUGACAUAGGCAGUGAUCUCUACUGGCCUUGCAUAGCUACCGGAAAACCCAUCCCUACCAUCCGCUGGCUGAAAAAUGGAUAUGCGUAUCAUAAAGGGGAGCUGCGACUCUACGAUGUGACUUUUGACAAUGCUGGCAUGUAUCAGUGCAUUGCAGAAAACACUUAUGGAGCCAUCUACGCCAAUGCUGAGCUGAAGAUUCUGGCUUUGGCUCCAACUUUUGAAUUCAAUCCAAUGAAGAAGAAGCUUCUGGCUGCUAAAGGAGGAAGGGUGAUCAUUGAGUGUAAGCCCAAAGCUGCACCAAAACCUAAGUUUUCCUGGAGCAAAGGAACAGAAUGGCUUGUCAACAGCAGUAGAGUACUGAUUUGGGAAGAUGGGAGCUUGGAAAUCAAUAACAUUACAAGGAAUGAUGGCGGUGUCUACACGUGCUUCGCAGAGAAUAACAGAGGGAAAGCUAACAGCACCGGCACCCUUGUAAUCACAGAUCCCACCCGGAUCAUCCUGGCUCCCAUUAACGCUGAUAUCACGGUUGGAGAGAAUGCCACCAUGCAGUGCGCAGCGUCCUUCGACCCCAGCCUCGACCUCACCUUCGUGUGGUCCUUCAACGGUUAUGUGAUUGAUUUCAACAAGGAGAAUGUGCACUACCAGAGGAACUUUAUGCUGGAUGCCAACGGGGAACUCCUCAUCCGAAAUGCCCAGCUCAAACAUGCAGGAAGAUACACAUGCACCGCCCAGACAAUUGUAGACAAUUCUUCAGCCUCAGCUGACCUUGUUGUGCGAGGUCCCCCAGGUCCCCCAGGUGGUCUGAGAAUAGAAGACAUCAGAGCCACUUCUGUGGCACUUACUUGGAGCCGUGGUUCAGACAAUCACAGUCCUAUCUCUAAGUACACUAUCCAGACAAAGACCAUUCUUUCAGAUGACUGGAAAGAUGCAAAAACAGAUCCCCCAAUUAUUGAAGGAAACAUGGAGGCCGCAAAAGCAGUGGAUUUAAUCCCAUGGAUGGAGUAUGAAUUUCGUGUGGUAGCAACCAAUACAUUGGGCAUGGGAGAGCCCAGUUUACCAUCAAACAGAAUUAAAACAGAUGGUGCUGCACCCAAUGUGGCUCCAUCUGAUGUAGGCGGUGGGGGUGGAAGCAACAGAGAACUGACCAUUACCUGGGCGCCCUUGUCAAGAGAAUACCAUUAUGGCAACAAUUUUGGUUACAUCGUGGCAUUUAAGCCAUUUGAUGGAGAAGAAUGGAAAAAAGUGACAGUUACUAAUCCAGACACUGGCAGAUACGUCCAUAAGGAUGAAUCCAUGAGCCCUUCUACUGCCUUUCAAGUAAAAGUUAAAGCCUUCAACAACAAAGGAGAUGGGCCGUACAGCCUCAUAGCUGUCAUUAACUCAGCACAGGAUGCUCCCAGUGAAGCCCCUACGGAAGUCGGUGUCAAAGUCUUAUCCUCUUCUGAGAUUUCAGUUCACUGGAAGCAUGUUUUAGAAAAAAUAGUAGAAAGCUACCAGAUUCGCUAUUGGGCAGCCCAUGACAAGGAAGCAGCAGCACACCGGGUUCAAGUCCCCAGCCAGGAGUAUUCAGCCAGGCUGGAGAACCUCCUGCCCGACACUCAGUACUUUGUGGAAGUCGGAGCCUGCAACAGUGCUGGGUGUGGACCUUCAAGUGAUGUGAUUGAGACCUUCACCAAGAAAGCACCUCCCAGCCAGCCACCAAGGAUCAUAAGUUCCAUAAGGUCUGGUUCACGUUACAUCAUCACCUGGGACCACGUGGUUGCACUGUCCAAUGAGUCUACUGUGACAGGAUACAAGGUCCUCUACAGGCCUGACGGGCAGCAUGACGGCAAGCUGUACUCCACGCACAAGCACUCCAUCGAGUUGCCCAUCCCCCGCGAUGGAGAGUACGUGGUGGAGGUUCGAGCACACAGUGACGGGGGAGAUGGAGUUGUGUCUCAAGUAAAAAUUUCAGGUGCACCCACCCUGUCUUCAGGCUUUCUUGGCUUACUGCUGCCUGCCCUGGGCAUCCUUGUGUACUUGGAAUUCUGAAUGUGGCGUGUGUGCCAUCUGCCAUGGUCAGCCCAGCUCCGAGGACGCUCUCCAUCCUGGGAUGACCACACUUCCUUCCAGUUCCCUGCGGUUCCAUCGCAAGUCCAACAAAUCAUACUUCAACUACCCAAACUGAUUGACGACAUGUGAUGACUGAGGCAUUCAGGAACCCCUUCAUCCAAAAGAAUCAACUUAAAAAUAUAUAUAUAUCAAAUGAUUUUUAACUCGUUCCGAUAUGCCUUAUAAACCAUUUAACCUGAUUCUGGGACGGUUGCAUGAUUUAACCCAAUGGGACAAGUUACAGUGUUCAAUUCAAUACCAUAGGCUGUGGGGGUGGGAGGGGGAAGAGGCAAAUCACCAUACACAGGUGCUUUCAAUUUAACCACAAGUUGUGACAUAGCCUAGAGGUUGAAAUGUUGAUCGUACGUGGUAAAUGUAAGAGUAAUACAGUCUGUUAUAUUAUCCUCUCUGUCUGGGGUCCUGCAUAAUUCUUAACUGCCCCAAUCAUUCAUGGCAUUUUGAGUUCUCUUGAACAAAACCAACAAAAAACAAAAAGAAUGUAACAGAAAC